AUGAGCAGUAAGGCUCCAUCCCAUGGAACCGGAAGGAAGAACUGCAAUUUGGAGAAUUGUAGAAUGUUGGAUUGUGCAAGCCAAACGAGACCGCUUAUAUAUCUGAACUUCGAUUGGCACGAAGUUACUAGGAUACAGAUCCUGUCAGCAUUGCAAGAAGCGAAUAAAAGGUUGAGCUUAUUCCUGUGCUUCAGGUUUUUUGAUAGUUCUUUUUAUCCCAUCACACAUAUUCAUCAUAAAAUGGCGAACAAAGGCAUUAUUACAGAAGAACUGAUUUCCCUCCUUCAGGAGGAGCAGAACGGAAUCGGCCUCUCCACUAUUCAGUUACUACUGCCUGGAUCCGAGCAUUACGCUAAGCGCCGCAAGCUGCGUGAUGGAGCCCUGGGAUUCGAUCACAUCAAGCCCGCAGCCAUAGCCGUGCCUCGAAACGGUUCGGAAGUGGCUCGAGUUAUACGGUGGGUUAAGAAUGCCGGUCUUGGGUUCACCAUCCGCGGAGGAGGUAACGACUUCUGGGCACGUAGCAUAGCCCAGGAUGCGGUUGUGAUCGAUAUGCGUGAUAUCAACAGUGUUGAAGUAGCAGACGACCGUCAAACAGCCGUUAUUGGAGGUGGAAUACUUCAUAGAGACCUGACUAUCGCUCUCGAUAAAGUCGGCCUAAUGACGCCCGCGGCAAAUACCUGGAUUAUUGGAUACACGGGUUGGAUGUCAAACGGUGGUUAUGGACCUAGUACCCAUCUCUACGGAAUGGGAAUCGAGCAGGUCAUUGGGGCAGAGCUGGUGAAUGCGGACGGCGAACAGGUCGUUGCAAAUGAGGAGAUGCUAGAGGGUAUCAGGGGCAUAUGUGGCCACCUAGGUGUGAUCACGAGCUUGACUAUCAAGGUAUACCCUAAGUACGAUCCCCUUGGCGGCAUGCUGGUUUUCGAAUCUACCGACAUUAGGGGAACAAUCAAGGCAUAUCUUGAGGCCGCACCUAUGCUUCCGUAUCCUGAACAGCUCACAGUCCACCAUUUCAUUGGCUUUCAACCCCAAUUUGGAGUCGUCUUCAGCGUUAUGUGGACAUGGACAGGUCCAGAUGUCGAAAAGGGCAGGGCGGUGCUCCAGACCUGGAAAGAUAAUUCCCCGCCUCUCCUAAUGUCCACCGUGGACGUGCUGCCCGAUAAGGUGCGCCAGGAGCAGAUGCCUUCACCUCUCCCCAUGGGAGGCGGCCAGCGGAACUGCUUCCUAGCGCGUCUUCCCACUGCCGAGCCCGAUGAUGCGCUUACGGAAACGAUCAUUGACGCUGCUGAGAGUAUGCCAAAGACCUUGGGCCCAAAUAUUGCGUGGGGAGGGAUGGUGGAUAUCGACUCAACCAAGAUGCCGCCGAAUUGCUUCGUUGACCGGAACCAUUCUUACUUCUCCUGCUCCUAUCAGUAUCCUUCUGAGGAAUACGCUGAGGAGACGUCUUCUUGGAGCAAGUCUUUGAUUGAAAAGCUUCGGUCACUAGGCAAGGACACGGUUCUGGAAAGAGGCUACCCAGCUACGAACCCACCGGGGGAGAAGACCGCGGAGGAUCUUUACGGGGAGAAAUGGAAACGAGUGAAGGAGAUCAAGAUGAAAUUUGAUCCAAGGAACGUCUUCAAUCAUGCGUACCCGAACUUCAAUCUUGGAUAG